AGAAUAUAUGAUGUCUGUCACAAUGUUGGCGACGCUGCGGAGGGUUAAAAGCCCUCGGUGGCUUUCUCCAGACAUACUUUUAGGAUACACACUAGGACAAGACAUCAGAAGAAACGGGUCGAGCUUUUCUCCAGGACCAGCAGCGUGCAGGCGGACAGUCAGCACCUCCUGCUCUCUGCACGCCAAAGUCCGAGGAAACCACCAGAAGAGAGAGCUGUCUGAGAAGAAGCUGACCCGUCACUUCAUAGACCAUCGCCGUGUGAAGCUGGUGGCUGGCUCAGGUGGAAAAGGGGCCUGCACCUUUCACAGCGAGCCGCGAAAAGAGUGGGGUGGACCAGACGGAGGGAACGGAGGUGAUGGAGGAAGCAUCAUCAUCAAGGCUGACAAGUUUGUCAAAUCAUUGGCGCAGGUAGUUCCAUUUUACAAGGGAGACGACGGCCAAUCAGGGAGCAGCAAAAACUGUUACGGCAAGAAUGGCAGCACAACAUAUAUUACUGUACCAUUAGGCACUGUGGUGAAGGAAGAGGGCAAGAUAGUAGUGGACCUUUCUGAGCACGGCCAGGAGUUUAUUGCUGUGUUUGGAGGAGCCGGUGGGAAGGGAAAUCGAUUCUUUCUGUCCAAUGAGAUCCGUGCCCCAAUAAAAGCAACACCAGGAGCGAUGGGCGAGGAGAGGGUCCUCCAUAUGGAGCUCCGCACCAUGGCCCAUGCUGGACUGGUGGGGUUUCCUAAUGCUGGGAAAUCAUCAUUGUUGAGGGUCAUCUCCAAUGCCAGGCCUGCUGUGGCUGCUUACCCUUUUACAACAUUAAACCCACAUGUAGGAAUCGUCAAUUACAGGGAUCAUGAGCAAAUCGCAGUUGCUGACAUCCCCGGCAUCAUUCGAGGAGCCCAUCUUAACCGAGGCCUUGGCAUCUCUUUUCUGCGUCAUAUCGAGCGCUGUCGUUUCCUCCUCUAUGUUCUGGACCUGUCGGCUCCGGAGCCCUGGACCCAGCUCCAGCACUUGCGUUAUGAACUGGACCAGUAUGAGCCUGGUCUGUCCCUGCGGCCUCAGGCCAUCAUAGCCAACAAAAUGGACCUGCCCGAGGCCCGGGAGAAGCUCGAGACUCUAAAGAGCCACGUCACCCAGCGGGUCAUCCCUGUGUCGGCUCUCACAGGACACAACACAGAGGAGCUCAUUCUCCACCUCAGAGAGAUGUAUGAUGGCUACCUGCAAGGAGAAGGUAGUGAGGAAGGCAAACCCACCAGGUGGUAGUAAAAAAAAAUUUCCUCUAGCUCUAAUUAUAUGUUUUCUAUGAUGUACACUACUGGUCAAAAGUUUUAGAACACACCAACUUUUCCAGAAUUUAAUUGAAAAUGAUGCAGUUUAAUGUCUCAGUGUACUCUGAAAUUAAUGCACAUUUGCAACAUUUAAAAUUCUUUGAGCAUGAUAGUGUUUUGAAAGUAAAAAAAAAGAUUCAAAAUCACAUUUUAUGUUGGACUUAAGGAUUAAAAAAAAGACACCAAAGGACACAAAAUGACUAAAAAAAGACACAAAAUGACCAAAAAAAGACACAAAAUGACCAAAAAAAGACACAAAAUGACAAAAAAAGACACCAAAAGACACAAAAUGACUAAAAAAAGACACAAAAUCACCAAAAAAAGACACAAAAUGACCAAAAAAAGACACAAAAUUACAAAAAAAGACACAAAAUUACAAAAAAAAGACACAAAAUUACAAAAAAAGACACCAAAAGACACAAAAUGACUAAAAAAAGACACAAAAUGACUAAAAAAAGACACAAAAUGACUUACAAACACAUGAAAAGAAUUAAAAAAUGGACAAAAUAGCCCAAGACUCCAUAGAGUUAAGUUGUUAACCCAUUUCUAAAACUAAAAAAAGACACAAAAUGACCAAAAAAAGACACAAAAUGAUCAAAAAAAGACACAAAAUGAUCAAAAAAAGACACAAAAUGAUCAAAAAAAGACACAAAAUGACUAAAAAAAGACACAAAAUGACUGAAAAAAGACACAAAAUGACUUACAAAGACAUGAAAAGAAUUAAAAAAUGGACAAAAUAGCCCAAGACUCCAUAGAGUUAAGUUGUUAACCCAUUUCUUGUUCCCUGAAAAAGGCCUACUUGUAUAAUUCUGAAUGUACAUUAUUUUUCAGUUUUGGUUAAGCUUACCUUUUUUUAUUUACCUCUGGCAGUUCACCACUUACCUUUGUACCCUUUCAAGCUGUUCAUUUGACUUGAACUGCUUGAAUUUCAAUAAAAAACUGGAAAAAUUGGGGUGUUCUAAAACUUUUGACUGGUAGUGUAUAUGUUUAUACUGGGCUAUAUAGAAUGCUUUUACAUUGAUUAAUAAAUAUAUGAACCAAAAAAUUCAACAUUUGUGUUUAUUUUUGACUUUCAACAUUUUCUCAAUAGACUGAAAUAUUCUUUAGAGUUUCUUGAAACCUUUAAUAUACCAAUACAGCGUUUUUGCUGCACAACAACGGUGACGCAUAACAUGGUAAGGGAAUAAAUAAACUUUCAAAUGUUAGGUUUAACAACUGCCUGGCUGAGUCAGCCUGUUGAGACAAAUGCAUACUCAAAAUUCAGACUGUAGUUAGAUAUUAGUGUGCAUAAAGUACAUUAUGAGAAAAGGCCAAAAACUGUGGGGUUGCUUGAGGAAAUGCGGUGUCAUUUAGACCAGUUAUUUUCAACCUUGGGGUCGGGACCCCAAUUGGGGUCGCGAGA